CUUUUAUCGACGUGCAGAUGAACAGCUGCACGCGCCGUCACCUAGUCUGCAUUUCUGCAAAAUUCAAAGUCAAAAGAUGAGGAACUGCUACUGCCGCUCGACGAAGAUGCCGUUUUCAACACCACCCAGAGCCUCCGCCUGCCGCACUGCUUUAUUGCCAGAUCCUUCAUCACUUCUACCAGUACCAGCAUCCCGAAGAAGAUCCUCAUGCCUCUACGUAUACGUCGCCUACGCUCUAUUGGUCCAUUUAUUUUCCGCGCAAGUAGAUGAAUACAUGCUCGUUCGACCAACCAACGCUCUGUCUCUCGCACGACAGAAAACAAGUAGCGGGAAGAGCAGGUCGACAGUGUUAGUCCCAGCCGCUGCAGCAGGAGGAGGCUCCUCUUCUUCUUCCCGUAGCAGGGCGAACUCACGGCCGAGACGACUUUUCGCCUGUUGUACGACCGCGCCGUCGUCUGCGGAAGGGAAAAAUGUGGUGCUAGUCGAGCAGGGGCAAAGGAGUUCAGGCUCUGCAGCUCCAGUUUGUCAUGCGGGAGAACGGCAAGAGGGCGAGGCCCCGUUGCAAGGACAACAAACCACGAGCGUGACACUCCCUCUAGACCCCGACGCGAAAGUUCCACCGAAAACCGCCUCCGCUCACCUCAAACGGUCCCCGACCCCGAAGAGGGGCGCAGUUUUUGAUGCAACAGUGAGUCCGGCUUCGGGUUCUACGACCACACCCUCCUCCAGCAGCUCACCUUCUUUCUCACCAGGUUCGGGAACAACAGGAGGUGAGAACACUUCGGACCUCAAGCCGGACCACGGUAGAAGUUCUCCCUCCAACUAUCCCGAAGGACGAUCUGCAUCACCUUCACCUAUUGAACAAGACCACGACCUCAUCGACGCUGACCUGCUCAUCUGCCCGGUGGCGGUUCGGUCCUGCGUGAAGCAAGCGAAGAACAGAGUUCAAGCGACGGGACAUACAAGCUGCGGGGGAACGACAGGUGCUAUUACAUCAGCCACUUCUACAACUUCCAGAUCAAAUUCCAAAGCAUCCUCCUCCUUCUGCGCCCCCGUUCUUUAUUCGACGUCUACUUCGGAUGCGCGAACGGUCCGGACUUUCAAGAAGAAGGUCCACUGGGCCCCAGAGGAAAAAUUCGAGAUUUUUUUCUACGACCAGCCCGAGAGGGAAGGGACGACUGGAGAGGAAGAGGAUGACGAGGAAAGAUGUUCUUGUCAUGGCAAAAAUUCUGCCAAAACAGGACCAGGAGGAGCGCCUCUGUCAGCAAAAGCCCGGAUUGCUGGCGGUGCGGUGUCUACUAUCAGGCAAAUUAUCAUGCUGAACCAAUACCACCGCAGAAUCAGCAACCAGCAGAAAACAAAAAUGCAUCGGAAAGAGGGGCGGGACAACGACAUCAAGUGUGGACGACGUAACACUGAAGCAGAAGAACUACAGGAAGGGCAUGGAAGGGGAGUACAACAUGGCCCUAACACAGGAGCAGGAGCAGUUCGCACAUCCUCCAAAGACCGCGCCAUCGCGAGACAGUGCGAAGAGUUGUGGGGAAAUAACGGGCAAGGGCAAGGCAGUUCAUCUCGUCAUGGGUAUAACUUCUCCUACACAAGUGAAGACGAGUCGGAAGACGGAUUUUCAUCGUCAAAACCGGUCCGCAUGGUUUCCAAGCCGCGGAUGUUAAGCAGGGCGAAAAGCAGCGGUGAUUUGGACGUGGUCGGGGGAAAUAAUGAGUACAAUGGAGUAGAAGUAGAACAACCUCAAGUAGAAGGAGCUUCUCUCACGACCGCAGAUGUUGAAGUCGACACUGGCAGUGCCCCGGAGCAUAUGGCAGUCGUCCCGAUCCAGCGGCGGAAGGGUCGAAAAGACAGUAUGGACAAAUACGACCAACUGCGAAAAUCGAAAAUUGCGGCGAAAAGGGCGAGAAGUAGGGAGAAGAGGGGGCAAGACACUGGUGACGCUGACGCACCAGCGCAGAAUCCAUUAUCUCCCGAUGGGUUUCAGUCUGCAGGGUCGGCGGGGACGGUGUCUUCGGUUGGUACCAGCAGCUCCUACAACUCUUUCUCUUCCUGUUCCGAGGGAGAAUUAUUGGCUUCUGAAGACCAGGAGGUUAGAGAUGUCCGUGCUGGAAUUGAAGACAUUGAUCUUGCAGGAGGAGUUGCCGCGGCCAGAGCUAGUUCUAGCUCUGCGACAGGUCGCUGUUCCUUGGCAACAACAUCGGCAAGCAAACCGAAGAUCCAACAUCUGUGGCACCGGAGUCCGAGCAGCGGUAGUGUAGUGGCCAACACGAAAGGUGGUCCUUCUCCUUUGUGCAGCGACGACGUGCUGGUGCAGAGAUGUGACGAAGGGGAAAGAGGAGACGGUGAUACACAAUUAUCGGAAAACUCCAACGAGGACUGCAAUUUCCACGUCGGCGACUCAGACUGCGAUCUUCCCCCUGCAAAGCCAAUACCUGCGUCCGAACCAGCAAAUGCAGGAGCGGUGCCGGCGGCGUCGACUGCAGGAAGUACAUCUAGCAGAGGUGUAGCGAGCGCGUGUUCAACAAGACUCAGCUUCGCGACGAAGAUCAGUGAUGACAGGAAAAAACCUGCAUCCUCCUCCUCCUCUUGCUGCAACCCGGACGAGGAUCGCCAGCUCCUAUGCGACGACCGCACCGGUGUGGUCAACGAGAUGAAUCCCUCAGUUGCAACCACCCGAAAUCGACCGCAACCCGGGAAACAGCUACAGCAGGCGCUGCGGGGCAGUACCGGUACUUCUAGUGGGAACAAUGUAGCAGGAGUCGCUUCGAGGACAUCUCUAGCAGGAACUACAAGCAGAGACUCUCACCAGCUGCCGUGGUGUGGAGGUUUAUUUUUCGCCUCGUGCAGUGAUAUCGCGUUGGCCACGGCAGGCGGACGCUGCAGCGGUGCAACAGCUGCGGGCAAUGCUAGUGUAAUAACCCAGCGGAGUUGCAGUGGAAGCCGCAGUAGCACGAACUCCCCAACUCCCGGGACGCAAUCGCAUAUGCGCGUGUGAAAAUUUGCUUGCUCGUCCUUGCUGUGUGAUUCAGGGCAUCACUGCUACUGCAAAAUCAAAAUUUUGUAUAAAAAAUGCGAUUUUUCUGCAUUUCCAUUCGCAUUCCGAGUUGGAAUAGCGAUAGCCAUAUGACUGCAAUAUAGAAGGGCUGCAAGAAAUAAAUUGUUUACACUCGACAAACACGAAGUGGUGUGCGAAACAUGGGUGCUACCACGGUGCUGGGACUCCAGGUGGCCGGCGAAGCCCGACGAAGUGAGAAGAUGGGCUGGGAGGUCGAGUAGUUCUCUCUCCAAUUAUGGCGGUAAUCGAGCUAGUAACAUGUACGUAUUCAUUUACAAACGCCCGUUAUUGAAGGCCGCUUUGGCCUUUUUUUUCAAAAAAUGCACGUUGAUUUCGAUUCAGCUCCCUGGUGGAACCACCUCGUAGCGCUUCUGAUAUUGGACGCAUCCCAAAGCUGGAUAGUUUAUCAUCCCUUUUGCCUUUCGCAUCAAGAAGUUAGAGUUACAGCCACGCUUUGUUCGCUUGGGUCAUUUUGCAUAGUAGAUUUUGUUUUCACGACUAGCAUGGCGCACACCAGCGAUUUUCAGCAUCUUCCCGUUGGCAGUAAGUACUAAAGGCUGAUCUAGGAGUUCAUGUCAGGGACACGAAUUAUAAACCAGACUUCGCUCACAACUAUGUGCAAGCGGCGAAAUUUUUAUCCGGACCUUCCUUUGUGUGCAUUUUCGAAUAUGAGGCUGCGCAACCUCGAAUCUGAUAUUAG